AUAAAAAUUGCGGGUAGAGUCACCACUACACUACACUUUCUCUCUUCAUGCGUGAGUGCUUGAUCGCGCUACUUUACCAGAGAAAAUUAGAAGUGAGAAAAAGCUAUGGGCCACAACAUCUAAACAAAACAAACAAAUACAUCUGAAUUAUUCCUUUGAUUUUCAAAUUCUGCUUCGGUUUAUUUCUUUAUAAUUGAUCGCGGGUGCUUUGGAGAUUUUUUUCCCUUUCUUUUUGGUUGAGCGAGUAUGGGUUCGGUGGACUGUUAUCCGUCUCGUGUGGACGAUGCGGCCGUGGUGUCUCUAGAUUCGCUGCCGUUAGGGUUCCGAUUCCGACCUACCGACGAGGAACUCGUCAAUUACUACCUGCGACAGAAGAUCAACGGUAAUGGUCGCGAGGUUUGGGUUAUCCGAGAAAUUGAUGUCUGCAAAUGGGAGCCUUGGGACAUGCCCGGUUUGUCGGUGGUACAGACUAAGGAUCCGGAGUGGUUCUUCUUCUGUCCACAGGACCGAAAGUAUCCAAAUGGGCAUCGAUUGAACAGAGCGACGAAUAAUGGGUAUUGGAAGGCGACGGGGAAGGAUCGUAAAAUCAAGUCUGGGACGAUUUUGAUUGGAAUGAAGAAGACUUUGGUGUUCUACACUGGUCGAGCACCCAAGGGGAAUAGGACCAAUUGGGUUAUGCAUGAGUAUCGCCCCACUUUGAAGGAGCUUGAUGGUACCAAUCCUGGACAGAAUCCAUAUGUCCUUUGUCGCUUGUUUAAGAAACAUGAUGAGAGCCUUGAAGUUUCACACUGUGAUGAAGCAGAGCCGACUGCUUCCACUCCUGUGGCUGCCUAUUACUCCACAGAGGAAAUACAAUCUGAUCUGGCUGUUGUUGCAGGAUCGCCGUCACAAGUUACAGAAGAUGAUAAGCAUCAGUCAAUGAUCCCUGCACACUCUGAGGAAGCAAUAUCCAAUGUUGUAACCCCGGUUGAUCGCUGUACUGAUGGAUAUGAUGCUUGUGAUGCACAAAAUCAAAUUGAGUUACCAACUGCGGAGGAGUUUCAACCAUUGAACUUUGAUAUAUAUUAUGACCCAAGAAGCGAGCUACUGGAUGGCAAAUUAUUCUCCCCUGUACUUGCACAUAUUCAACCAGAAUUUCAUUAUCAAGCAAACAUCGAAUCAGAUGGUCGAUAUGGGCUUCAAUAUGGUACAAAUGAGACAAACAUGUCAGACUUUUUGAAUUCAGUUGUUAACUGGGAUCAAGUACCCUUUGAGGAUCCCAAUUGUCAACAGCAGAGCUACCCCUUGUUUAAUGUUAAGGAUAACAUAUUAAACAGCGACUUAGAUUCUGAACUUGCCAAUAUGACAUGUAUGCAAGCUGGUUAUGCGGAGGGGGCAAUUGAUGGAAGGAUUCCUUUGUUGAUAACUUCAGAAUUUUGCAGCACCACUGGAAUCCCCGUUGACUGUGUUGGUGACGAGCAGAAAAGCAAUGUUGGGUUAUUUCAAAACAAUUCCCAGAGAGCUUUUACUGAUGUUAAUAUGGGUCAAGUAUACAAUGUAGUCGAUGAUUAUGAGCAACAAAGAAUCUGUAGUGCAGUUGCUAGUGGCAAUACUGGAAUCAUAAGGAGGCAUCGUGAGGUACGAAAUGAACAGCUAAGCAUAAACUCAACACAAGGUACUGCACAGAGGAGAAUUCGUUUGUCAAUGGCUACACAUGGCUCAAAUAAGACGGUGAAAAGUGAAAGUUGUGCACAAGAAGAGCUUUAUGCAAAACCAGUCAUUGCUGUGGGGGAGAAAGGUUCAGAAAAUCAUGCUUCUGAUGAAAGUGCUACUCUUACUAAUGAUGGGAAUGAACUGCAGAAGACACCUGAGUCAACCGGCAAAAGAAAGAUUUCUCAACAAGUUACAAAAGCAGGCUCCACCUUGGGGUUGAAAGAUCUUUUCUUGCUCAGAAGGGUCCCUCACAUUUCAAAGGCUUCCUCAAAUCGCACCAAGUGCUCUUCUGUUUUUGUACUUUCUGCCUUUGUAAUGGUCUCAUUAGUGGUCUUUACUGACAUUUGGGGAUAUCUUAAAUUUUAAACUGCUAGGAGAUCAUUCCUUUGUUUUUUUUUUUUGCCUCCAUCUCUUUUUUGGGCCAAUUGAGGGGAGGCAUGUAGGUCUACUUAGAUUUGUUGAUAGUUCAAUAUAUAUUUGAGUGCAUACGUAGUUGGUAUAUGUAUGCUCACAUGGUUGGCUAGUCUGUAGACUCUGUUGUUGUACAUUAUAUAUACAGUUUUUUUUCCAACUUUUUA